AUGCGAAGACCAUCCCAGGGUUCGCGACCUAACGGCAUCGAAUUCCGUAUUCACUCCGCAGCAGGCCUAAAGGGAGCGGGAGAGUUGGAGUGGAGAACCGGUUGGGAAGCGGGGCGAUGGCUAGCUGAUCUGAGAACCUCCGCAGGUUCUUGCCCCUUACGGAUCUUCCGGAGUCUGGAGGUUGCGCCGAUUUCUACCAUUAUAGCCAUACUCCAGAGGGGAACACUGAUCCUUGGCAAACGGCAUCCGUACCAAGAACUACGUUCGUAG